UUUAAUAUUUCUGUGAUGUGUUGACCUUCGGAAUUCAAUCAUUCUUCCCUUGAACCACACUACCGCUUUGAUGCCUAGACUCCGAAACAGAAGAAGAAAUGGCAAACUUUACUUUCCUAUUCAGCUUCUGUUCUCUACUAAUGGCUGCAAUCUUUGCUUACUCAGCUUGUGUCCAGUUAAAUGACCCAGAUUGGUACUUUUGGUUCCCUCUCUAUGCUUGCGCUUGUGUUGUUAAUAUGCUGAACUGGGCAAUCUCCUCAAAAACAUUUAUCAGGAAAAUUGCAGAGGUGACAGUAUGGCUGGGUAUAUUCCUAUUUUUGAAAGUUGUAGUAGAAGAUUUUGUAAGUGAAACUGCUGGCUUCUGGUCAUUGGAUUUGAGUGAGAGAGUUGUUAGAGAGAAAACUGGAAGUGGGUUGGUCAUCAUUUCCUUUAUUUUGCAGUUGCAAGCAUCAUCCCAUCUAAAGUAUUCCAAGUCAAGAAAUCAAAGAAAGAAAAAGGAAUUUCCAAGAUGUGUUGAAUAUGGAAUGGCAAUCUUGGUGUGCUUCAGCUUUGGACUCCCCUUUGUAUUCUUUGUAGUUAGAAAUGGAGAAAUGAAGUUAGAGUAUAUCAAUGAUGGGCAUUCUUGGAAAAUAAACUAGGUUUAGCAUGCAAAUUUUCAAAUGUGCAAAUCAAUAUCCCACAAAAAAAUUUGUAUUAUCUUCCAUAACCUGCUAGUUUUCACAAGUUUUGUAAUACUAUCAUUGCUUAUAUGAUAGCUUAUAUGAUAGAACACUAUGGCUAUAGCAAUACCUGCAUCCUUUGA